UGUCCACAUUUGUGUAUCUUAUUGCUAUCUCUCUUUGACGCCUUGACUUGCCGAAAAAUAUAUCCGAGCGGCAUCCCCGCAGAGCGAUUGCUGAGUUAAUAACAACCUCGAUAACACGUCCACAUCGUGAACAAGUCGACUCGAGAGGAAAGGCAUUCCUUAACACUCACAAAUGGCAUGUGAAAUUCCAACCCCGCGGAAGCUAUGGCAGCAUCCGAACCCAGAGUCCACGGCGAUGUGGAAGUUCAUGCAGUCAGCCAACCAGAAGCGAGGACUGGACAUGCAGACCUUCUGUGAGCUUUACGACUGGAGUGUAGGCUCCAACCGCACCGACUUCUGGGAAGACAUGUGGACCACCAGCGGUUUGGUCUACGAAGGAAGUUACAGUAAAGUCGUCGACACCUCGCUACCCAUGGAUAGUAUACCGCAAUGGUUCGAAGGCACGCGACUUAACUUCGCUGAGAACAUUCUAUACUCAGCCUCGCCUACCGAUCCUUCCAGGUGCACUACAGAGCAUAAAGAAGACGCCAAAAUCGCCCUGACAGAAGUCCGUGAGGGCAAUACAGAAGUCCGUCACCUGUCAUGGGGUGAGCUUAGGCGAAAGGUUGCUCUACUUGCCAAUGCGCUGCGCGCAAAGGGCAUCAAGAAGGGCGACAGGGUUGCCGUCGUUGCUAGUACGAGCUUCGACACAUUCAUCACCUUCAUGGCGAUCGUGAGCGUUGGAGGGCUCUUCAGUUCCAGUAGCACGGAUAUGGGCACCAAGGGUAUCUUGGAACGACUCUUGCAGAUCAAGCCUGCGUACGUCUUUAUUGACGGUUGGGCUGUGUACAAUGGCAAGACGAUGGAUCUGCGCCCGAAGAUCAAAGAGAUAGUUGAAGGUCUGAAGGGAGUGGCUGAGUUGAAGGAGAUUGUCACUCAACCCCGAUUCCCCGGAAAGCCAGCUACUCUGCAGGAUUUGCCUCGCACCGCAACCCUCGAAGAUUUCGUCAAGGCUGCGAAGGGAAAUGAGGUCUUAACGUUCGAGAGGGUUGCUUUCAGAGAUCCAUUCCUGAUUGUGUACUCCAGUGGUACCACGGGCGUGCCUAAAUGCAUCGUGCACUCCACAGGUGGCGUGCUGAUCAGUGUUACGAAAGAGGGGAAGCUGCAUCGUGAGAUGAGUCCUGAUAAUGUAGUGUUGCAGUACACGACGACUGGCUGGAUCAUGUACCUUGUUUCCGUACAGUGCUGUCUCUUCGGCAGUCGUUCCGUACUGUACGACGGAUCGCCUUUCAUCCCAUCAGCACAGAAAUUCCUCUCCAUCCUCGAAGAACAGCGCGUCACUGAUUUCGGCACAUCGCCUCGCUUCCUCCAGGAGCUCCAGAAGCGCGACAUCGUUCCAAAGAACCUAUUCGGUCUCUCCGCUCUGCGUUCCGUAUGCACGACGGGUAUGGUGCUGUCAGACUCGCAGUUCGAGUGGUUCUACGACACCGGCUUCCCUUCCACCGUUCAUCUGCGCAACAUAUCCGGCGGCACCGACCUCGCAGGCUGCUUCGGUAUCGAGAACCCACUCGAGCCCGUCUACGCAGGAGGCUGUCAAGGCCCUUGUCUAGGCACUAAAUUGGAAGUCUACGACAGCCUCAUCGAAGAAGGCCCUGGCGCUGCCAUACCGCACGGCGAGCCAGGCGAGCUAGUCGCAACGGCAUCGUUCCCCAACCAGCCGAUCUUUUUCUGGGGCGAUGAGAGCGGCGAGCGGUACCAGAACGCGUACUAUACGCGCUUCCCCCACGUCUGGACGCACGGGGACUUCAUCCAGAUCCAUCCUACAACCGGCCAAGUCUUGUUCCUGGGCCGCGCAGAUGGUGUGUUGAAUCCGUCUGGUGUACGCUUCGGCUCUGCCGAGAUCUACUCGGUGAUCGAGACGUACUUCCCGGAAGUCGCCGAUAGCAUAUGCGUUGGGCAGCGGCGUCCGCAGGACCACGACGAGAAUGUGAUGCUAUUCUUGAAGAUGAACGAUGUAUUCGCGUACAGUGAGGAUCUGGUAAAGCGCGUCAAGGAUAAAAUCGCGAGCGAGCGGAGUCGACGCCACGUGCCGAGAUAUGUGUUUCAGACGUGGGAUAUACCGACGACGGUCAAUUUGAAGAAGGUGGAGUUGCCGGUCAAGCAGAUCGUGUCGGGCAAGAUCAUAAAGCCUAGCGGCACCCUGGCGAACCCAGAGAGUUUGAAGUACUACGAGCAGUUCGCGAAGGACGAGAUGCUGCAGGCUGAGAAUGCAGGUGGUGCAUCGAAGCUCAAGAGUAAACUCUAGAAUCCCGCAUAAUGAACUGCUCACAGCCUCGAGUGCGCAAUUGCCCAUAUGCGCUUGGUGGGAGACGUGGGAAGAGUGACCGGAUCUCGCAGCUUCUUCGUAUCACGAUGCCUCGCAGGCAGGCGCAAAAUCGCUGUUGCCGCAAUUCAUCUGCUGCACAACACGCGUGCUUCUCCUAUCUUGAGCAUAUCUUGAGCAUAGCCUGCAGUGCCACUGACUCGUUUGCCUCGAAAUCAGCUCUCUGCGUUACCGUAGGCCAAUUGA